AUGAGUGAAAAUCCUGACUCCGAUAUUAUUCUGGCUGCCGCGAGCGCUCUGUCAACCUCAAUCAUGUCUCGAAGGCUUUCAGAAAGGGCCUCUAGUAUCGACAGCACACGCAGCUACCUUACAGCUCUUCAAAUGAUGCGAGAGGAGCUCGGAAUGGCGAAAAAAUCGUCAGAUCGAGAGCUACUGGCAUCAAUAAUGUGCCUCAGCUUGGCAGAAGUUAUGUUUCCAGGCCCAACCGAAGGCUUAAGGAUGCACAUAGAUGCCGUGGCGCGAAUACUUCAGGCUAAUGGGCCGCAGCGCUAUCAAACCGGAGUUGCCCACAGGCUAUUUAUUGGCUUCCGCCCUUUAUUGAUGAUAAACGCAAUUCAAUGCCGGACUCCGUCGUUUCUGGGCUCAGACAAUUGGAAGAUGAUUCCAUUUGCAAUACUUAGCCCAUCCCCAAUGCAAAGCCUUCUGAGUCAGGCCGCUGCCCUUCCAUUGUUUCUGCAUAGAAUUGACAACAUAUCUGGUCGAGAAGCUUCCAUUGGAGAUCAAUCCGAAGCGACUUCUAUAUUGAACAGCGUCGGUGACUUGCUUAACAGCCUAAACGAAUGGGAGGCGUCUGAAACAAACAAUGCGACGUCUCCCCUUUACUGGUACCGAGAUCAGAGCACAAAGGCUUCGGAAAUCCCCUGUAUCUGGUUUCCCAGUAUCACUAUGGCCAACGCGAUUACCUAUAUCUGGGAGUUUCGCAUCAUAUGUCUUUACGAGAUGGAACGUCUUGCGUCUUCCCUCCCGCAGGCUAACUUUGACUACUCGAGGAUUCUGAAGGAACACCACAUUGAAAGUGUCCAGAAAAGUUCUGCGAACCUGCUGAGGCAGAUAUGCGAAAGCAUGGAGUAUCUUCUUCAAGAAGAAAUGAAGCUCUUCGGUCCUGCUUCUACAAUCCUACCUCUUCAGGUGGCCUACGCGGUAGCCACAACGAAUGGUAAUCAGCACAACUUGGAAUUAGCUGUCCUGAAGAAGGUUGUCGAUCGGCUAGUCUGCAAAGGUCUUCAAUCAUUUCCGAUCAUGAUAUUCGAAAGGAACUCUUUCUUGCACAGAUGGGAUAGAUUAUAA